AUAAUACAUAUAUCUACUACUGAAUAAUAAUACAAUUUAUUUCAUAUACCGGUAUUUUAUUUAUUAAUUUAUAAUGUCUGUCAUGUUUCAUUUCGAAUUUCAAUAAUUCUAAUGUGAAUUUACGUGUUUCAUAAUUGCUGCAUAAUUUUAUUUAUACUACCAUGGUUGCUGUUUAGGAAUUCACCACAGUGGUACUGUGAUCAGUGCCUAAUGAAAAAUGUUUAAAAUCGAGUCAUAUGUGACACCAAUAUUACUCAGCUACGUCGACAAAUAUGUACGGGACUUCAAACCAGCUGAUGCACAGGUGUCACUAUGGGGCGGCGGGGUGGCGCUUCACAACUUGGUGCUCAAGGCUGACGUACUGCAGCAAGAAGUCGCCUUACCAUUCACGCUCGUCUCGGGCCGCAUCCACGAGCUGCUUAUACAGGUGCCGUGGACGAAGAUCAUGUCGGAGCCCAUUGUGGUCACCAUAGACACAAUAGAGUGUGUUUUGAGUUUGAAUCCACCCCCACCUCCCGAUGAGAGCCCACCGCCGGAGAUUCCCAGUCGCAAGACGCAAGUGGUGGAAGCGCCGCCCGGGUACAUGCAGGCGCUGGUGCGGCGAAUCGUCAGCAACAUAGCACUCCGCGUCCAUCACCUCAUCGUCAAGUACGUGCAGGACGACAUCGUGCUAUCGCUCAACGUGAAGCAUUUGGCCGUUGACAGCGCUGGCGCCAACUGGGAACCCGCUUUUGCAGAUAUAGAACAAGCUGAGCCAGUAAUAAGGCGGCUGGUGAGACUGGACGACCUCACACUGUGUCUCGACCGUGCGGACUCCGAUGGCAAAAUACGUUUCUACCAGGAGCCAUUGUUGUACAGGUGUCAAUUGGAUCUCAGGGUACUGACUCGACUGGUGUCUGCGAGCACGAGGCGCGCGAGCAGCCUCAGCGUGCAGCUGCGGUCCACGCGGCUCGCGUGGGGCGUCACCAGCGAACAGCUGGUACUGCUGCUGCGGCUGAUGCGCGAGCGCACCGCUGCCACCAAGCAGCCGCCGCCAGCGCCCAAACCCAGCGUCGUGCAGUCCACACCGCUGCAUGUGAUGUCAUCGAACUCAGCGGAGCCCGCGCGGCAGGAGAGCUGGUCGGAGUGGGCGUGGUCGUGGCUGCCCACGUGGAUGGACCGCGAGGGUGUUGAGGAGACGCCCAUGCCCGCCGCCCCCACACCUAUAUUCUUUACCGCUUAUUUGGAUGACGUCUCAUUUGUUUUCAAGGUCAUGGAAGUGGACAGUAGCACGCGGAAACGCGCGCGAGGCGUGCUCGAGUUGAGUGCGUCACACGCGGCGAUUAAAAGCUGCGUGUGCGCACCCACAACGCUGCGUGUGCGGCUCGGUGCACGCGCACUCACACUGAAGUCGCACGGCCGCUGUACCUGCGGACACCUGGACACACCUAACAAUCAAGACUCGAUAAUAUAUUUGUGCAAAAGUAAAAGCGAAGAUCAGGAGGGUGCGUGGUGCUGGCCCGAAGAGGAUAUGAACAGUGGCAAGAUUGAGACAGCAGAAGCAGUCGACGAGGGCUACAGGGUGUCACCGGUGCAUUUACAGUCUGAAUUCCGAUCCACGACUGAGCAACUGGACGAGUCUCACCAGCAGGAGCAGCCUAAGAUGCAAGAAGCCGAAGAAGGUGACGACUUCUGGCGUAAACUAGCGCCCGUACUGAGCGUGGAGUACAACCACGAGCGGUCGCCGCCACAACCGUACACCAACCCUUACGACAACCCGCCAUUGGAGUUUCAGUACAGCGACUGGGUGGAGGUGUGCAACACGAGGGUGACGCUGGCGCUGGUCGAGUUGCGCGUGUGCAUGGGCCUCGUGCACCGGCUGGCCGCCGUCAACAACAUCUUUAAAGAGCUACCGCCGAUGCCGCAGCCCGAUUUACCAAUGCGCACACUAACGGUGGAAGAAUGUGAAGCGCUCUGCGACAAUCUGCCACAGCGUCGCGUCAAUAUAGAAGUGACAGGGCUCCAAGUGCGGGUGCAUCCGUGGGAUCACUCGCCCCACGAGCGGUCCACUGCGCCCCCGAUCGUGCUCGACCUUGAACUGCCCAAUACCACCGUUCUCAUAAACGGCCCCUUAUAUCCACACAGGGUGUGCUCGGCGGCCUGUCAGAUGCCGGACGACAGCGGGCCUUUAUGGCAAGGGGCGCGGUUACAUAUCUCGGCCGCAGUAUCGUCGCUGGCUGUACGCAUAAACUCUCCGACCGAGUGCCAACGGCGGCCGUGCGCCCACCUCGACGUACGCCUGCUGCUGCACAUACUGCUCAACAGAGAGUUCUUCGAGCGACGGGAGAGCGUCAAUUUCAGUUACUCGUUGAAAAUACGUGAGGCGAAGGUGUGCGGUUCAGCAGCACGCCUGCAGGCCGCGUGCCACGUGCCGCUGUCGUUGGUACAGCAAGCGGCCUCCACUGCACUGCGGCACACCUCGCUUGCCAAGGAUGCAUUGAAUGACUCCGAGUGCGUGGCCAUCGAGCUGACUGCGGAGGAGGUGUCGGCCCGGGGUUAUACGACCCGGCAUAUCAAUACGCAUCUACUCUCCGUACAGUCGGCACGCGCCACCGCUCACCACGCCACCAAAGAUGAAGAAUUGAAGCAAGCGUGGCUGUUCUCCGCACCGGACGCACCGACCACCACACCGUAUCUGCGUUUCGCCGUGCAAUGGUGCACCCAGCCGGUGGCCAACUCGCUGGACUUCGUGGGCGUGUGGACGGAGCCCACGGCGGUCGCGGUCGACCCGCUGCUCGUGGCGUGGCUCGCGUACAAACCGAUCGUCAGACCCAACACAGAAUCUCAACCAACUACGCUCCCUACGAAGCCUGUUUCAACGCAAUACUUCUUGAGACGCCGUACCACACCACCUUCGUCAAGCGGUCGCGGUGCAAGCAGGACGGGUUCUGGUGCUGAGCUGGUGCACGUGAGGCCGCGGAGCCUGGGCUCGAGCAGCGAGCCCAGCGAAAAGAAGGAGUCCAAGCCGCCGCCGCAGGCAACGAAGCCGCCCGAGCCUCUGUGGAGUGGUGAAUGGUUGCUGCGCGCGCACAGCCGCCUGAAGCACAUGCUGGUGAGCGUGGAGCUGGGGCUGGUGUUGGUGUACGUGACGCCGCGUACCGCGUCCGCGCUGGACUGCGCCACCGUACGCGACGCGAUGGAGAGGCACGCCGCCGACCACAAGCACGUCAUUGCCUUCAGUCUCGGUCGCCUCUCUAUGCACUCGAGCUCGAUGACAAAACAUCUGUGGCAGGACAUAAAACACGAUGGCCCCACGUUCGUCAUGAGAAAACCGGAUUAUAAUCCGGACGACGAUGAGUCGUUCCCGUGGAAGAUGCGGCUAGCGGACAUGUCGUGUUACACGCUGACCGCCCGGCCGGUCCCCGAGCCGCUUGCCCGCGACCAGGCCGGCGGCCUCCGCUCGCAGAUCAAGAUGGCGGCGGUGACUCCGCGGACGGUGCUCGAGCUGGUCACCACCACCGUCACGUUGUCCGUAGUCACCAAGUCGCUGCACAUCAAAACUAUGACCAGGAAGGAGCAGAAGAAACACGCCGAGGCUACCGCAGAGGAGGAGAGAAUGAAAUAUUUUAAAGGCGGCAUCGACUUCAAGCCGUCGACACUCAAAGAGUUCGUGCGUGGUCCUUCCAAACGCAGAAAAUCAAGUCCAGACCCGGAGCCGAAGCAGCAGCCGGCGCCGGCGGCGGUCGCGGGCCCGGUGGUGUCGCUCGGGGUACACGUGCAUGCUGACACGCCGCCAAUCAUUGUCCGGUUGGACUACGAUCAGAUGCAAGUGGUGGGAGCGGCUCUGCACUGCUUCAAGCACAUAUUGACUUUAGUACAGCGCGCGCCGACCGCGACCCGACAAGUGCAUACCGCUGCGGGGGGCUCCCAUCGUACCAUUAUAAGUAGAUCUGUAUCGGAGUUGGAGGAACAGAACAGCCAGUCGGAGGAUACGCCCAGCGAGAAUCGCUCUGAACUCAUAUCCAUAUUCGAGUCGCAAUCCGUGCAGCAAAAGCCGGUGGACAUGAAAACAUUCUUCUGGCUGCAAUGGGUGGUGAGCCGCGCUACGCUGGUGGUGUCCACGCGGCGGGUGAAGCUCGCCUUCGACGUUGACGACGUCAUCUCCACCGUGGACGUGCAGCAGCACUACAACCAGCUCAAGGUCAAGCUCGCGUCCGCCUCCGUGCGGCAUUACGAACGCACGAGCAACGACGACUGGGCGGCCGGCGUGCUCCGCGGUCGUGUACUGGAAGCGCGAGAGCCCACCAACGCGAAGGAAGACAAUCACUUCCUCGCCGUCACCAUCACGCAGGCGCAAAUUUCAAAUCUGCCACCGAGCUGGAAAGAAGAACUACAUCCAAAAUUGCUGGAGCAGAAAACUAGUACAGACAGCAUGUGGGAAAUAUACGCGACGCUAGCGCCACUAGAGGUGGUGCUGCAGCCGAGCGUUUUGGAGAACAUUGUCUCGCUCGUACACCAGAUGUCGCCGCGGUCUUUUUGCCCGCUACAGGGACAGGUGGAGCAGAGGGUAUCUACAUGGCAGUGGCCAUUCUGCUACGUGACCGCCGGCGGGCUGCGGCUCCUCGUCACCACAGAGGACGAGAACAGUGAGAAUGACGACACCUUUAUGUUUGUAGUGGGGAAGGUCACGGUGAACCCGCAUCCGGAGAAUCCUAUAUGCAGGCGCUCGAUCAACGCCGGCGCCGAAAGCGGUUGGCUCGGCAACGCGUACGAGGGCCGCCAGUACGAAGUGCUGGUCAAGAACGUCGGCAUACGAUCCGCGCAGUUCAGUCAGCUAGUCUUCCAGGAGGCGAGCGAGUCGGAGAUAAUGAAGGGCACUGGCGGCGAGAACCCAGCGCUCAAGUGGAGUCAACCAGUUGUCUCUCCCGUCAUCACGCCCAUGUUGCACGCCGUGGACAUGGGGUGCGUGGUGGCGCCGGCGCUGUACGCUGGCGGUGUGCUGCGCUGCGGGCCCGCCGUCGACCUCAGCCUGCUGUCCGACUGCGCUGUCGAGCUCAGCGCCGCCCAGCUGCGGCUGCUGCGUGCCGUGCUCGCCGACAUCCACGGGGCCGUCAGCCACGCCACGGAUACGGGCUCAACAUUGGAGGACGAGAAGCCAGGAGUGUGUCCGUACGCGACGCUGCUCAUGAGCCGCGACACGACGGGUGACUCGCCCACUUUACUGUCGGAUUCCACACUCAUCGAAGAAACGUCAAAGAGCGCUAGUGACAUGGGCCAGAGUGUACAAGCGGACUCUGGUGUAGAAACUUCAAACUCUACGUACAAAUCGAGCCGCCAUACCGAGGACACGCCGCUCCUCACCAAGAAGUCCGUCUCUGUCGCUUUUGCGGAACAAAUGGCUGACGCGUCUGAAUUCUUGGAAGUGUUUGUUACGAUGGGAAUGAUCGAGGUGUCGCUGUACACUGUUGACGACGGCAGCCCCGAAGUGGUAGCGCUGAGACCGCCAACGCUACCGUCCACCGCGCCUACAGAGCCUGUCGUGCAGACCGUGGUUGAAGAGAGUAAGGAGACGGCGGCUAACGACGACAGGCUCGCAGGCUCUCAGUGCAGCAGGAGCCUCACGGAGACGAUCAGGAACGCGGACAUUGGGAAGACCAAGCUCGAGGGGGCGGCCCUGAUGUCCCACGUGAGGAAGCACGAGGGCAACCUGCCGCUGCUCCACAUGACGUUGUACCAGCCGAACCUUUAUUACUGGAGGAGGAAAAACCAGAAGAGUCUUCAGGUAUCACUGUUCAACGCGUGGCUCGGUCUCGGCGUGGGUCAAGUGGAGGGUCAGUGGCACGCGGCCCUCGUGUCGACGGCCCGCGGCGUGCCCGACCCCGUCACCGAUAUACCGCCCGCCUUGGCCACCAUGAAAAUUGUUGUACCCACCGUUGGUGGAUACACAUCGAGCGGCAGCGGGCGCGGGACUGUCCGAAUCGAUGUCGAACGCCCAGUACAGAUCGAAGUCUCAGAAGACAGGCUGCGUCGUAUUAAAGGCAUCCAUGCACUGAUUGAGGGCAGAGUAAUGAGUCCUGUACAGGAGUUUCAGACGCCCGUGGUCAAACUACCAUUCUUGUACAAGUUCCGACGUUUUAUGGUACAAAACUCGCUGGAGAGUGUGACGGUGCAUACGAGCCAGGUGCUAGUGUGCGGGUCAGAGGGCACCGUGGGCUGGGACGCGGCGUGUGCGCAGGCCGCGGCCGGCAGCCGACCCGAGCGAGCUCACGCGCGUGCUUUGAUCACCGCGCUGGUCGUGGCUGCUGGCCCGCCCAGCGACCGCCGCCACGUGCUACUUCACCCUCUCAUCAUCGGAGCUGAGCUUCAAGCGACGUGGGAGGCGUGGCGUCGUGCUGAGGGCGGCCACGCGGCCUGCGAGCCGACAAUCCGACUGAACGUGGACUUCGAUCGAAUCACUCUGGACUUACGACCGGCGGACCUCACAGUGCUCAGUAAUAUACAACAGACGGUCGACGACCUAUUCGGGGAGAAGGUGCGUCCACCGCCGACCUCUUCAGACAGCGAGGACACAUGUCACGUCCACGAGGACGGUCCGAUAUCGCAGCCGUCCGUGCCGAGCUUAGUUCCCCGCACCUCCUCAGUCGCCUCCGUGGACAUCGAGGCUGGUGAUCACUACUACAAGGAUGAUCUGAGGAGUGGUGCAUUCAAGAUUGUGAGCGGCGGACAGCUGCCGAUGGCGUAUCAGGUGACGGUACACGGAAACGCGGUGUCGUGGCGCUACCCGCAUCCCAGGACUGUGACGCGGAUCGUUGCCUUCCCCAUACCUGGACAGGACAAGGAGACAGAGUGCGUGCUGGAACUGUACAGCCAGACCCUGGGCUGCUGGCAGCCACACACGUACUUCGAGCUGCCCGUCCACGAGCCUAGGGAGUUGAAGCUGUACGUCACGCCACCUGAUGCCGUGUUUGCCGUAAUGUGGCGAGUGCGCACUUACUCCGAGGCGUUAGACAAGACUGUACCAUUCGAGUUCAACCUGAUCAAGUUCUUGCCCAGAACCGAUCCUUUGGCGUGCGAGAGUCCGCCCGGGUCGCAGGCGGGCCGCACGUCCGUACCCACCGGCGGCGUGACCGCCGAGCAGCUGUCGGGCGUACUCCGCGUGGACUCGUACUUCGCGCCGCGUCUGCUGCCGCGUGCCAAGCUCUCGCUGCGGAUGGUCGCGUUCGAGCUGAACGCGCACAAUUCCUUGCCCGCGCUCACUAGCCAAGCGACGGCGUUGGAAGGCUACUACGUGUCGCGUCCGCUGAUGCGGUCGCACCGCGUGCUGCGCGUGAGUGCUCGCGAUGUGAUCGGCCACGCCCAUCUCGACUCGCCCGCUGGCAAAAUGCUCCUGCUCGACGCUAAGCUCGGGAGCAAUAUCCUGGACAGCGGGACGGGCACGAUGGAGAAGCUGGUGGAAGAGUUCCGCGUGCGGGCGGCCGCGUCGGUGGGGACGGGCGGCCCCCGAGUGCGCUGUAGAGCCGCGUGCGUGCACGCUCUACUGCACGUGCCGCGUAUGCGAACGCUGCUAUCGCUCGCGGCCGACUGGAAGGCUGCCAUAGACAAGUGUGCGGGGAAGCCUGCGACAGAUGAGCCACAACCGGAAGUGAAGGUGCGUACUGCGGGCGAGGCGGCGGCGGCGGCGGCUGAAGCGCUGGAGGGCCGCGUAUCGCUUUGGGUGCACAACAGCUGCGCGUCCGCACUGCGUAUCGGACAAGAGGGCACUGAUGAAGUCGUACCGCUAGGGCCUGGAGCCAGGCUCGCGUACAGGUGGCGUAGUCCUGUGGCUGCUAAGAAGCUGCGCAUUGCCCUCGCUGGGCCCACAGCUGACUGGCGUUGGUCCAACAGCAUCCCAUUCAUGGGCGGUAGCACGCGCGUCCGUUUGGAAGACGGCGUGCACGUGCACGUGCGCGUGGAGGACGCGGGCGCGACGAGGACCAUGCACCUAUCCGGCCGGCUUACGCUCGCCAACAUGCUCAGGCGGAACGUGCUCUACAAGGUGCGUGCGCACUGUCCGUCGUCGAAUCAGUGGCGCACCGUGUGCUCGGGCGAGCUCGAGUACGAGAGCGUCGGCCGCAGCGUCAUCUGCGCCGCCGACUGCGACAUGGUGCUCAAAAUAAAGUUCACAUCACACGACACCGGCUGGUCGGGCGAUAUUCCAUUGAAGGAAUGCCCCAAAGAGAAUGUGCCGUGGUUAGUGAAAGUGCCGAGCGAGGGCGAGGGCGGGACGCCGUACAUGGCGGUGUGGUGCCGCGUGGCCCGCGCCCGCAGCGACGGCCGGUCGCUGGCCGCGCUGUGGCCGCUGUACGUGCUGCGCUCGCAGCUGCCCCUCGACACAGACGUGAUGAUAGUGACGGACACUGCAGUAUCGUCGACGGAGCCGCCAAACGAUCAGAGCCGGCCGCCGCCCCUGAUACAGACGGCGCCGGGGCGCGGUGCUAGCACGCACCUCGUCGCGCCCGGCACCACAGCAGCCAGGCACAAGCUCUCAUUUCAAUACAGGAACAUAGAGUGCCCGGUCACCCGCGAGGCGGCGCCGCUGCACUACGGCGUGACGGACACGUCUGUUUUUGACAAGCGGACACCCGUCAACAACAUCGAGGAAGUCGUCGACGAGGUACUAGCCUGGUUGCGUCGCUCGGGCCGCGACGCCAAGUCCGCGUGGCCGUACUCGAUAGUGGCCAAGCAGUGGCCGGGUGAGUGGCAACCGGCGCUGCUGCAGCCGCGCAGCGAUGUCACCGUGCGGUACGAGGCUGUCCGCGCGGGCGGCGGCUGCAGCCUGCAGGCGCGGCUGUCCCCGCUGGUGCUGUUGUGCAACGCAGCGCCCACUGUGCUGACGCUGCGUGCGCACGACGCGGCGCCGCUGUGCAGGCUGGAGCCAGGCCGCGCCGUGGCGCCACCUUCCGCCCUACUACAGAAGCCGUUCUUCCUGUCGGUGGAGGUGGGCCGCGAGACGUUCGUGAGCGGGCAGCUGCAGGUGUGUCCGCGCGAGCCGGGCCGCUACGCAGCGCCGCCGCCCGGGCAGCUAGCGCUCGGCCACGCCGCGCACAUCGCCGUCCAGUGCAGCCACAAGGUGGCGCUACUCACGAUGCACUACGAGAUCAAAGAGGAAAUAAACGUGCUCGGCGUCGGCUCCACGUACAUGCUCCUGAACAGGCUCGACAACGACAUACUGGUGUCAGCGAUUGCAGUACCGAAUGAAGUCGGCGACGACAUCGUUCUAUGUCCGAAAGCAUUCAAAGUGGUGCCGCCUACAAAGGAAGGGAGCAUCCACGGCACCCCGCUCUGCCGGUUCUGGCUGCGCGGGCGCUGGCGCGGCGGUAACCCUUUAGAACUGCGCAUGUAUAUCUGCCUGGCGCUAGGCAAGAGCGGCGAGGAAACAUACCCCACCCACACACCUGUCCCCAUCCGUGUAGGGGAUGAACACGCGCCAGCCAGGCGAGCUAUAGCUCUCAUCGACGCCGACAACAGAUCUGUGGCGGUGGUAGUGACCCAGCUGAAGCAAGACGGCCGGUGGCUGAUAUCGGUAGCGCGCGACCCGUGCCCGCAGUUCGUAGUACAUAACUGCACGAGCUGCCCUCUGGCGGUAGCUCAACCCGUGCACUUCACUGAUGAACCAUCCACCUCAUACAUUAAUGCGACACCAGAAUGCUCGGGUGUCCGAUGGUGGUGCGUGGUGCAGCCCAACGCGGUAACCCACUACUCGAGCCCGGCGCACUGUGCCCGCUACCCGCCGCCAGCGACGCCUGCGCCCCCUACCGUGCCAUUCCUCAUUUUCGCCAAAGCUAAAGCAGAAGACGAUGCGCCGCAGUGGUGCGCGGCGGUGGCGGCGGCGGAGGGCGAGCAGCUGGUGCAGGUGUGCGGCGGCGUCACGGUCAAGCUGCGCGUGCGCACCCACCACCACACCACGCUGCUCGAGCUGCACGACGUCGACCAUAGGGACAUAUCAGCAAGCGACAUCAGAAGGAGAUUACUUGGCCCGUUCAUAUCGCAAGACUCUGCCAACCUUACGAGUAACAUCGACUCCCAUUCAAAAUGUGGGUUGCAGAGGAUAGCUGCCGAGGAGAAAUUAUUAAAUGUAUCUACUGUACUGCAACAAACACCAACCGCUAAGAAGGCAGAAGUAGACUUACAAAAGUCAACGGUGGCGAUUGCCAGAAUGGAAAGCGUCGCGUCCGGCAGCACUGUGCAAACGAACGAGACACUGCAGGUGCCGGACGAGCGAGUACAGAACGCUGGUACACUCGUGCCUCUUGAUGGAAACGUGGAUGCCAUGAAGGCAUUAACGUUAACCGGGAUGGAUGAUGGAGGAGGAAUCGAGUCAGAAAUUGAGAAAUCACCACUGACAAAGAAAGGCGAGACCGAUCCGAACAAUUUGGGCGACACCGAUUCGUCCAACACUGCGUUCACAUUCAACGAGGUACCAGUUUCAGAAUGGGAGAGAGGCGGCGGCGGUAGCGGCGGCGCGUGGCCGCAGAUGGAGCGCGUGCGAUGCGUGGUGGACGCAGUGGUGCUGGAGGUGGCAGCCGCAACUGACGCACGCCCGUUACUCGCGUUGCACGCUGACCACGCCGCGCUGCAUAUGCUCGCAGACCGCAAGAGAACAAGAACAACGCUGUCCAUAUCGGACGUACAAAUAGACAACCUACAGUACGACUCGGGACAAUACGAUUUCGCUGUAGUAGCGAGCACACGCGGCGAACGUUCGCCGAGCGAGCGCUGGCCUCCGCUGUGGAGCAUGUUCGCCGAGCAAGAGUCGUUCGAGUCGCAGAGCGGGAACGCACGGCUCACGCUUGCCCUGCAACACGACAAGUGGACCGUCGCCAACUGCGACUACAACGAGCUAACCGAGGUGGAGAUAUCGCUGGGUCCGCUAGCUCUGUAUGUGGAAGACGCGUACGUGAGCGCGCUGGUGUCGCUGUGGCGGUUAGCGCUACCAGCGACUGUAGUCAGCGAGGCGAGCGCUGCGUUGGCCGACGAGCGCACGCUGCAGCGUCCGCUGCGUCUGCGCACGUUACACGUGCAACCACUCGAUCUCACGCUCACACUGCACACUGCGGUGCGUAUGUACAUAGCGUUGGACCAGAGCCCUCUGCGGCUGAGCGCGUUCCGCCUGCAGGACAUGGUGACGUCACCGGAGCGGCUCACGCAUGCGCUCACCGUGCACUACCUGUCCGCCGCCAUACUCGGUGCCGGAUGGGUAGUGGGCGGACUAGAGCUGUUGGGUGCUCCCGGGGCUCUAGCAGCCAGGGUGGGUGGUGCUACAGGGGGUGUCCGGGGGGUGGCGUCCGCUGCUGCGGCCGCGCUGCUUCGUUCUCUGAGCGCGUGGGCCGGCUCCCUGGCCAGGAACUUGGACCUGCUGGCCGGUGAUGAGGAGCAUGCGAGACGAGCCGCCGCCGCCAGGAGGCGUCCUCCGCCCAGCUUCGUUGCCGGGCUGGCGGCCGGGAUAACCAACUUCGCGAUCAAUAUACUUGGCGCAGUGGGCGGUCUCGCCCAUCACCCACUGGUGGGCGUGGCGGUGGGCGAGACGGAGAGCGGUGCUGCAGCGCUGCGGCGAGGGCUGCUCGGUGCACUUACGAAGCCGCUGAGCGCCACCGCCGACCUGGUCGCUUACGCCGGCCACGGGCUACUCACGCAGACCGGCUGGGACCCUGUACCUCAGCCUCGCACACUACACACGGAGUACGAGUGCGGCGAGCUCUGCAUCAGCGGGUGGCGACGCGACUGCGUCCGCUGGACCUUCAGACUAGCGGACCUGUCCGCCGUCGACGGCUUCGAGGUGCUGCUCGACAACGCACCCCUGCAGCUCCUUAUCACGCACAAGUUCUUAGUGGUGGCGGAUCCUGAAACGGAGCGCAUAGUGGAAAUGAUAGACUUCAGGUUCUGUACACUGCACCCCUUCCAGGGGCAUGUUAUAGAGUUAUGCGUCACACAACGGCGCCCUACAAAGGCGUCGGAGAGUCGAGCCGUCGAUGAAGAUGAUGAGUUCCAGAUAAGUGCAGCAGCGAUGGCCCGUGUAGCCCGGUAUACUGGUGCGGAGGGCACGACCGCAGCGGAGGCCCGCGUACUAGCGAUGCUGCCCGCGCCCGCUCGCGCACACGCACUGUACGCAACGCUCACUAGCGCCAUCCACCACAACGCCGACACGCACUUCCCGCUCUUGUGACGUAGCCGUGACGUCACCGCGCACGUGGACCAGUAAGUGGUAGAUAAACCCCGCUUGGUUCCCCGUGCCCCGUGUCUCCAUUACGAGUAUUGGUAUACUGGCAGUAGGGACGUGGGCUACUGAGUAGUGACUCGUCUAUACUUGCAGUAAGGGCAUGUACAUGGAGUAAUGAAUGAUUGAUAGACUGGCCAUGACGGUCAGUGAUGACACAUUCCUAUACGUUAAAUGUGGGAUACAUGAUUGAAACCUACUCCUCGCCAAGGUCACCUGUGUCAAAAUGUUCGCUUUAUCUAGGCGUCCACGUCAUAUUAUUUAGGAUUUAUGCAUAACUUUUUUGAAUUCUUACUGAGACUGGACAAACCAUAUGAUACGAAAGUUUAAAAGUGACUACGACGUGAUUUGAAGCCAGAAAGGUUGUUUCAGCAGAAAGGCUAGUUCUUGACUGUGUAUCACGCAUUUUAGUCUAUGGUACUGUAAAAUAUUCCUAUACAUCGUAACUAACGUAUUGUAUAUAUUAUAAAUUUAUGUAUGUACAGUGAAAGAAAUUUAUGAGUGCAAGAAUGAAAAUGUUAAAUGAAUUAAAAAUUAUUUAGGAAGUUUUAAUUGAUGACGGUAUGGUUUAUUGAAAAAAUGCAGUUGGUUGUUCUCUAAACUGUAAUAUUGAAACACUACUCGGAGUUUAAUGAUACUGUGGCAAAUCGUGUCUAUGUACAUGAUCAUAACUCAUACAUUCAUUACGUAAGCAAAUGAUAGUCACGACUAAUCAUACAAAAUAAUACUGUGGUUUGUACAUACGUGCAGUCCAAUAUACCGUAUCGCCCUUCGAGCCGGAUAAUAUUACAUUAAUUGUGCGUUUUAUUAGAUAUACAAUUUUAUUUGCCUACCGAAUUGACUGAAGAAAACUUUUUCGUUUUCGACGAAUUUGUAAUUUGCUUUGAUGUCUUUUAUUUUUAUUUUUUUUGUUUUUUUAUUCGAAUUUUAAUCCAUAGUACUCUAAACAUAUCAGUUAAAAAUAUUAACGUAGGUAGUACCUGCCUAUCAAGAGUGUUAGUUUUAUUCAACUGUGUAAUUUUUAUUUCUAAUAUUUGUUGUAUCUAAAUUUUAUUCAAUGACAGUUCUGUUUUAAUGAAAAUGUCAAAAUUGUGUUUACAAACUUUUAUCAGUAAGGCCGUUUUUUAACUUAUAAAAAAAGUAAUAGAAAACAUUGAUAGGCAGAAGGAGUAAUAAAAUAUAAAAUUAUUGUAAUUAUUUUUUUUUAAAUGUUUUUUUUUUUAAAUAUGUUUCAAUGAAAAAUUAAUAUAUUGAAGCAGAAUGCAUGCAAGUAUAAACAUUGUCCACGUCGUAAUUGGUGUUCUUAUCAUUAUAUUUGAAUAAUUUGUAAAUAUAUGUAAUUAUUACUGUUAUAUUUAAUAAAAAUAAAUUAUUUUAAAUAUUGCUAUUAUAUUAUGAUGUAUAAUUUGAUUAUUGACAUUCGCUUUUUUAAAUAUUUAAUUUUUAAACAUUCAAAUGGUUAUUAUUUAUUUAUUUAUUUAUUUAUAGGAUCACCAACAUAAGAUACAGCGAAACAUUUCAAUACAAUACACUGGCAGAUUAGAUCUAACUGUUCUUACAUUUAUAGGCGACCACAGCGUGCCUUGUGUUUGAUAAACAUUAAAAUGCAAUUAAAUUAUUAAAUGUCAUUAAAUGAGUAUUUUUUAUUUAAUUAUUAUGUGUAAUUAUUAUGUUUUAUAAAGAGGGCUAUAUUUUUUUUUUUUGGUGGAUGAAAAUGGAAUGGUAACCCCGCCUGCGCUAACGGGAUACGCUGGCGAGGCACCAGUGAGGGGUGAUCGAUGAGAAUGAAAACAGGCCAGUUAGCCCAUCGUGAUGAAUUCAUCAGGAAUUAAUCAUGAUAGUUUCCAGGGGGAACCGCGAGGAGGUCGACCUGGUUGGGUAUAUUGCUAGCAAAGGGAUUUUUAGUCUCCAUUACUAUCAAUCCCUUUCCCCCCAAGAGGGCUAUAUUGGAAAUUUAAUUACUUGAUAGAAUCAGAAAAGAUGCCAUAGGUUGACCUUAUAACUUCAGAAUAGACGAACGAUUCUCGAGAAGCGACCCUGUACAUGCAAAUACGUUGUAAGUCGACUUCCCAUUAGAUGGAGCGACGACCUAAAAUGCAUUGGUGGCUUACAACAGUUCCUUAUGGCAUUCUAGGGGGGGACAGACUAUGUUCGGUAGUGAAUAAUAUGCUGUUGGUGUUCCUUAAAUAAAUAAAUACCAGAGGGAGACUUUGUACACCUCUGUCCAUUCGUCGGGGAUUUUACCAGUAGUUGCCACACUUUGUAGGUAGAUUGGUAACCGCAGUUAAUCUUCAAAAGGGACGUUGCUGCUCAUACCUCGAUCAUUGAGUUCCCUUAAUCGCCUCUUACGACACCCACGUGAAAGGAAUGGUAGCCAAUUUUAUGCUGUGACUACAUGGCAUAGAGUCCUUCUCCAUAGAUCUCCCCUGUAUUGCGACAUAAUGUUAGAUCGAAAAUAAAAUAUGGUAUAAAAAUAUGACAAGAAAUUAUAUAACGUCAAUUAAAUAUAUUGUCUAUCUAUGGUGUUUAUAUUAGUUGGUAUAGCCUAAAAUCCCGCCAUUGAUUUCUGCACGCAUGGAAAUUUUAAUGAAACUUUGUAACCUAACUGAACCGCAUAGUUUUUUUUUUUUUUGAUGGGUGAACAUGGUAUGGUAACCCCGCCUGUGUUAACUGGAUACGCUGGCGGAGCACCAGUGAAGGGUGAUAGAUGAGAAUGAAAACAGGCCAGUUAGCCCAUCAUGAUGAAUUCAUCAGGAAUUAACCAUGAUAGUUUCCAGUGGAACCGCGAGGAGGUCGAUCUGGUUGUGUAUAUUGCUAGCAAUGGGAUUCUCAGUCUCCAUUACUAACAAUCCCUUUCCCCCAAUAUUUUGAUUAUAUUUUUCAUUAUUUAUAAUUAAUUAUGAUUUAUAAUUUUUCAUUAUACACGUCUUAAUGAGAACGAAUUAUUUAGGAUUAAACUAUUAUUAUGUUGUAUUAUAAAUUUGUCACAGUUUUGAUACAAAUGUUUCUACAAAAAUAUAUUAUUGAUAAUUAUUAUAGAAGGGUGAUAAUAUUUGGUGAUGUCUAGUGUGUUGUAUGUUUAAAAGGGAAAUUAUAAUGUAUUAUGUAUAAUUUGGUCAAAUUUUACUGGUGCUAUUCUAUUUCUAUGAUGUGAUUGAUAAGUCACAAAGAAAGCUUUAAAACUAAAGCAGUAUUAUUGAAAAUAUUUUACCAUUGGCUAGCCUUUUGUAACCAUAGACAAUUCAAUACUGGAUCUCUAUGGUUGUAUGGUUUAUCUAAGUGUAAUAUUAUUAUUUUUGUAUGAUGUGAUGCAUAUGCACGUGUCAUUUGUGCAUUGGCGUAUAGCUUUAGAACGCUACACUGCUUUGUCUACUAGUUAUUCCUACCCCCAUAAUACGCCAUUUUUUCAUAAUUAAAUUAUAUUAUCAUUACCUUAUCCCAAUUAUUAUUUGGGGUCGGCCUAAUAUAGUUUUAUCCAUAUUACUAAAGGAUUUGGCUUAUAGUUUUACGACCGGCCGCCUGCCUGACGUCAACCCUCUUUGUUAAUGCAUUUGUUGGUGGUUUCCGCUACGUACGGUUUGGAAGGGAGGAUUGAGAAAAAAAGGAAGGGAACGUUGGAAAUGCGUAAAGGAAAUUAUUAAAUGAGAGGAAUAAGGGACUUAUGUGGGAAAGGAAAGGGGGGGAUACAGCAGUUGCGCAAAAGACUGGGACACUGCAUUCCAACAAUCACAAUGUUCCUUGCUAAUAUGUGUAUAUUUUUAACCAAGUUUUAUAGUACAAGAGAAUAAAGACAAAAGUUAUGUUAAAUUAUUACUAUAUCGGUAAAAAUUAAAUAAACUUAUUCGCUAAUUUAGAAAUUUUGCUUCAAGUUAUGUUUAAUUACGAAAUAAUCAACAAAAACAUAAAUCUACCAUCCUAGCGCCAGUAUUUUUCGUGUUCAAUUUUGUUUUUACACCAAUCACUUUUAGAUUAUUUUCCAGACGAGGCGUGUCUCUUUAAAUAACCCAAAUAUCUCAGACAUUUCUAUAUAGCGGUUCAUUCAGCACAACUGAAUGCACUGCUCGUAUCCUGGGGUGGCCACAGCCCAUUCCCUCCAUGCCCCUUAAACACACAUAUACAUAUACACAUAUACAUAUAUAUAUAUAUAUAUAUAUAUAUAUAUAUAUAUAUAUAUAUACAUAUAUAUAUACACAUAUAUAUAUAUAUAUACAUAUAUUUAUAUACAUAUAUUUAUGUAUGCGCAAUAUUAAAUAUAAUAUGCCAUAUCUAUGUACAUGUAGUAAAUACUAGUGUUUGUCUGUAAUUGUUUAUGAUCCAAUUAAUUUUGAAUUUGAACAGAUGUCUAUAUCUGAUAAGAAAGAUUUUAAUAUUAAAUAAAUGAAUUUUGUGUAAAUAAGUUUCAUUAAAGGAAAGGAUUACGCUUCCUUGUGACUGUGUAAAACGUCUGUGCACUUGUUUGGCGAGGCUGUGUUAUAAUGUUUUGUAAUAAAAUUAUUUAUAAAUUUA